AUGGAAAUCAAGGAUGAAGAAGAAUUGAGAGCAGUACGAGCUGCUUCAAAAGGAAGUCUGGGUAUUAUGACCCAAUAUUUUGCUGAUGAAAUGUCGACAUUCAUAGACGAAGAAAAGAAGAUUACCCAUGCUAAAUUUGCUGAAAUCGUUGAAAAGAAAAUCGAUGAUACCAAAUUUUUCAAACAAAAGGAACUCAAGCUAGGUAGCGAGUUUGAUGCUGGCCAACUUGACUGGUGCUACACACCUAUUAUCCAGUCUGGUGGCAAGUAUGAUUUGCGACCGUCAGCAGUCUCGGACGAUAGAAGGCUAGAGCCAGGUGUAAUUAUUUGUUCUUUGGGUUUACGAUACAAGUCGUACUGCUCAAAUAUUGGUCGCACUUAUCUAAUUGACCCAACCAAAGAACAAGAAAAUAACUAUAACCUUCUUUUGGCAGUCCAAAAAGCGGUGCUCUCGACCAUCAAGGAAGGUACCACUUGUAAACAGCUAUAUACAGCGGCUAUUGACUACAUCAAGUCCAAGAGCCCAGAUAUGGAAAAGUAUUUUGUGCGGAACGUAGGAUGGGGUAUUGGUAUUGAGUUUAGAGAUUCUGCCUUGUUGUUAAAUGCAAAAAACAAUCAUGUGCUUAAGGAUGGUAUGACUCUGAACGUCACGGUUGGAUUCGCCGAUAUCCCUCUGGAAGGAUCGAGUUCUCAGUAUAGUCUGUUGAUCACAGAUACCGUGAGAGUGGCAGUCGAUGGGCCUAUUGUAUUCACUGACUCGCCUAAGACUAGAGGUGAUAUAUCAUUUUAUUUCAAGCAGGACGAGGAAGAUUCGAAAGUUAAUGUUAAAAAGGAGAAUUCGGCUGCUGCAAAGGCCAAAGCAGCAGCAGCCAAUGCCAGAAGCAGCGCUAUCCUGCGUAAUAAACUUCGAACGGAAACGUCAAACCAACAAGAAAGUUCAAAUGAAAAGAAGAGACAGUUGCACCAAAGGGAACUACACGAAAAAAUUCAGAAGUUGGGUGAGCAAAAGUAUGCUAGCGGAACUGCUGGAUCUGGUGAUGAAAAUAAGGUGGUGCUACGUAAAUUUGAGUCAUACAAGCGAGACUCUCAACUACCACCAGCUGUAAAAGACCUCCGCGUUCAAGUAGAUGUCCGUGCGCAAUCCAUUAUCUUACCUAUCAACGGUAGACCUGUACCAUUUCAUGUGUCUACCUAUAAGAACGGAUCCAAGAACGAAGAAGGUGACUAUGUAUAUAUAAGGCUCAAUUUUCAUACUCCUGGUGCUGGUAAGAAGGAAGAAAUGCCAUUUGAAGAUCCUGGUGCCCAAUUCGUGAAGAGCAUUACUUUCCGAUCGCGUGAUGCUGAUAGAAUGAAUGAUGUUUUCAAAAGAAUUUCUGACCUGAAGAAGGAGGCUGUUAAGCGCGAAACUGAGCGAAAGGAGAUGGAAGACGUUGUUGAACAAGAUAAGCUGAUUGAAAUUAGAAACCGUCGUCCACAGCGGUUAGAUUCUGUUUUUAUUCGGCCUGGCCCUGAGGGUAAGAGAGUGGCUGGUAGUUUGGAAAUCCAUGAGAAUGGUGUCAAGUAUCAGUCGCCCGUGUCUUCGGACCACAAAGUGAAUAUACUUUUCUCGAAUGUUGCGCACUUGUUUUUCCAACCUUGUGAUCAAGAAUUGAUUGUGGUAAUUCAUUUCCAUCUCAAAAACCCAAUUAUUGUUGGUAAGAAGAAAACUAAAGAUAUUCAAUUCUACAGAGAAGCUUCGGAUAUGGCUUUCGAUGAGACUGGUAACAGAAAGAGAAGGUACAGAUAUGGAGAUGAGGACGAAUUAGAGCAGGAACAAGAGGAGCGUCGUAGAAGAGCUGCUCUUAACAAGGAGUUUAAGAACUUUAGCGAAGAUAUUGCUGCUGCCUCAGGUGGUCAGCUUGAUGUUGAUAUCCCAUUCCGAGAACUGGGAUUUUCUGGUGUACCUUUCCGUUCCAACGUUCUAUGUCAGCCUACCACUGAUUGUUUGGUGCAGCUUAUCGACCCACCCUUUUUGGUAGUUACUUUGCAAGAUAUCGAAGUGGCCCAUUUGGAGAGAGUUCAGUUUGGUCUUAAGCAAUUUGACCUGGUGUUUGUGUACAAAGACUUCACUAAGCCUGUUACUCAUAUCAACUCAAUUCCCAUGAGUCAGCUCGACAGUGUUAAGGACUGGCUCAACGAAAUGGACAUCCCUCUUUACGAAGGACCCGUGAACCUUAACUGGGCCACUAUCAUGAAGACAGUGCUUGCUGACCCACAUGAGUUCUUCAAAGGCGGUGGCUGGAGCUUCUUGUCUACCGAGAGUGAUGGCGAAAGCGGUGCCGAGGAGUCUGAAGAAGAGAGUGAGUUUGAGGUUUCUGACGAAGAGCCUGAAGACGAGGAGGAAGAAGAAGAUGAUUACUCUGACGAAGAUUCAGAAGACUAUGAUGGUUCUGAGGAAGAGGAGUCUGGCGAGGAUUGGGAUGAGCUCGAUGCCAAAGCCCAGCGCGAAGACGCCAAAGAGUCUGCCGAGCGUAAGAAACGCUAG